AAUGCACCAUUCCCUCUCUUCUUCUUUCUCUCCCAAUUCAAAGUUCAAAGUUCAAACCACAACCUUUAAUUUCCUACCACAAUUCUUCACUAUGUCUUUCAGUUUCAGUAACCUCCUCUCUAACAACAAUAACAAUGAUUAUAACUUGACCAUGGAUCAUGAUGAAGAUGAUAAACAGAGAACUUCUCAAAACAAUGAUAACUUCAAGUCAUUUGCACCUCCUUCACUAUCCCUCUCUCCCUUUUCAACUACUUCUGAUUUUCCACCUGGUUUCAGCCCAUCUGAAUUCUUCAAUUCACCUAUGUUUUCUUCUCCAAAUAUUCCUGCAUCUUACACAACAACUGAGCCUUGUUCUGCCCAGAGCCAGAGCAUGAACCAGAUGAACAGUUCAACUGAGGAGGAGGAAAAUAGAAACUACUCUGAACUCACUUUCCAAAACCAAACAAGACAAAUGCCUCUCUUUCAAUCUUCCACAAACAUGUCCGAAAUGGAGCCACUGAAGAAACAGGACACAAUGACUUCCAAUGAAACUGCAAAGCAAAUUGAGUUUUCAUUUGAGGAGACAGCAGUGAAAUCUGAGAAUCCAUCCAGUCAGAGCUUCUUCUCCUCAGAACUGACCACAAUCAAACCUGAAGUUCAACCUAAUUCAGGUCAUUUUAACCCCAGUAAUGCUUCUAUGUCUAUCAGAGAACAACAAAGGAGAUCAGAAGAUGGAUACAAGUGGAGGAAAUAUGGAGAAAAACAAGUGAAAGGAAGCGAAAAUCCAAGAAGUUAUUACAAGUGCACGCACCCGAGUUGCACGAUGAAGAAGAAAGUUGAGAAGUCUGUGGAGGGACACAUCACUGAAAUAGUAUACAAGGGAACUCACAACCAUCCUAAACCACAAUCUACCAAAAGAACAAGUUCUCAAUCUAUUCUUCAAGCAUCUGUAUCCUGCAACAACUCAGGGAUUUCUGAACUAUCUAUGGGAGAGGAAGACUUGGACCAAACAUCACAACUUAGUUAUUCUGGUGGGAAUGAUGAUGACCUUGGACCAGAUGCCAAAAGAUGGAAGGGAGAGGAUGAAAAUGAUGGCUAUUCCUAUUCCGCCCCUGGAAGCAGAACUGUUAAGGAACCAAGAGUUGUGGUUCAAACUACAAGUGAGAUUGACAUACUUGAUGAUGGCUAUAGGUGGAGAAAAUAUGGGCAGAAAGUUGUUAAGGGAAACCCAAACCCAAGGAGCUACUACAAAUGUGUGACCCCGGGUUGUGCAGUGAGAAAACAUAUAGAGCGAGCUGCGAAUGACAUGAAAGCUGUGAUCACCACUUAUGAAGGAAAACACAACCAUGAUGUGCCGGUAGGACGAGGAAUCGCAAGCCAUAACAUCAAUAGAACUUCUCUGAACAGCAACACCACCAAUAUAGCUACCCCGGCUCCUAUAAGGCCCUCAGUGGUGACUAAUUGUUCGAGCUCAGCAAGUUUUGCAAAUUCACUUCAUGAUUCAAAGCUAGAAAUGUCAGGAAAUCAAGAAUAUUUUCAUGUAAACAAGUUGUUUAACCCUGGAAGCUUUGGAUACUCGGGAUUGAACAGAUCAAUGGGUUCAUACACCAAUUCGGAACAAUAUUCAGAUGCUACAUACUCAGCUAACGAUGACUCCUUGCUUCAGUCUUUUCUGUCAAAGAAUUAUUAUUGACAUAGUCUUAUAUAGGAUAUAGGAAGUUAGUUGUUCUUAUCAGUAUAGAAUAAAAAAUAAUAAUAUACAUGAUGUACUAAUGUAGUCACCAAGAUUAGAGACUAGAACUACAUUAACCUAAAGCUUGACUAGAGCUAGCCCUUUCUUAGUUGUUGCAACUUUCAAUUUUAUAGUAGGAUACAGAAUAUGUGUUGACUGGUGAAAUCUAUGAUUAUUUGAUUGUAUUUGUUUAGCACAAACGAAAAGAAGUUUCUUUGGCCUAGUCUUGCGACA